AUGCCACUCGCUCCAUUGGUCGAGCCGUUCUCAGACGACAAAAAGAAUGGGGCUUCUGAUGAUCACGAGACAGAGGUUGACAUAGGAUCUCUAAAAGUCAGUGAUGGGAAAGUAUCAUCUGCAGACUUUGAGCUUCUUUCAGUCAUUGGUCAGGGGUCUUUCGGGAAGGUUUUCCUCGUUAAGAAGAUCAGUGGGAAGGAUAGUCAGACGGUGUACGCAAUGAAGGUGCUGAAGAAGGCUGUGCUUAAAGUGAAGGACCGUAUGCGUUCGAAAACUGAACGGGAUAUAUUAGCUAAAAUGAAGCACCCGUUCAUUGUCAGCCUAAAUUAUGCAUUCCAAACGGAAGGAAAAAUUUACCUAAUUUUAGAAUUCGUUAAAGGGGGAGAUUUGUUUUCUCGACUUGCCAAAGAGCUCAUGUUCACGGAACAGGAUGUUAUGUUUUAUUUGGCUGAAAUUGCAGUUGCUAUUGACCAUCUUCACAAACUUGGCAUUGUUUACCGUGAUCUCAAACCGGAAAACAUUCUUCUGACAGAGGAGGGGCACAUUAAGCUGACAGACUUUGGUUUGUCGAAGGAGGCUCUAUACGAUGGCAUCGACGGCUCCAAAUCUUAUUCCUUUUGCGGAACUGUGGAGUACAUGGCGCCUGAAAUCGUCACUCGUCGUGGGCAUGGUCCAGCUGCUGAUUGGUGGAGCUUUGGUGUCCUCAUGUAUGAAAUGCUUACUGGCACAUUGCCAUUUCAUGCCGAUUCGAAGAAGGAGACCAUGUCACAGAUUAUGAAAGCGAAACUUGAAAUGCCUCAGAUGCUGAGUCCUGGGGCACAGGGUCUUUUGCGACAGCUUUUCAAGAGAACACCAGCCAACCGUCUCGGAUAUGGACCAGACGGCUUUAAGAAGUUACAGGCACACGAAUUUUUCCAGCCAAUAAAUUGGACUGACCUUGUUAAUCUGAGGAUCACGCCGCCGUUCAAACCCACCUGCAUGUUGGACAACCUGGCAUUCAAUUUCGAUAAGGAGUACACCAACAGGACACCAAAAGAUUCACCAGCAUCGCCACCUAGCGCUUCAGCUCACGAACUCUUCCGUGGGUUCAGUUACGUCGCUCCAUUCCUUAUGGACAAGCGCAUCAGCGGUGUUAAGUUCAAGGAAUUUCACGGUGACUACCAAAUACUUGAGGAGAUUGGAAAGGGGUCCUAUUCCACGGCUUACAAGUGCAAACAAAACUCGACCGGUAACGUUUGCGCUGUCAAGAUUAUCGAUGAAACGCUGCAUGAUCCAACGGAGGAGGUUCAAAUUCUUCUGCGAUUCAAAGGCGUGCCUAAUAUUGUUACUCUUCGAGACGUCUAUGAAUGUGAUGGCAAAGUCUAUCUUGUAACGGAUUAUCUGUCUGGAGGCGAAUUGUUCGACAAAAUCAUGCGUCAUAAAUUCUUCUCUGAAAAAGAGGCCAGUUCCGUCUUGGAAGUUCUCGCCCGAACACUUGACAUUCUUCAUCGACAGAUGGUCGUUCAUCGAGACUUGAAACCUUCAAACAUUCUCUAUGCAGACUCUACCUGCACUCCAGAAAGCAUUCGUAUUUGUGAUUUUGGCUUCGCCAAACAAUUGAGAGCAGAAAACGGCUUACUGAUGACGCCUUGCUAUACUGCCCAAUUCGCAGCUCCAGAGGUUCUGAAAAUGCAGGGUUAUCAUAUGGCCUGUGAUAUUUGGAGUUUGGGAAUUCUACUGCAUACAAUGCUAACGGGUCGAAUCCCCUUUGCAACCGGUCCAAAUGAUCCUCCUGAAGUGAUUCUUCAGAGAAUUGAGAUAGGGCCACCGCAACUUACAGAUCCAUGUUGGAGCUCAGUAUCGGAUGCUGCAAAGUACUUGGUUCUCAGUAUGCUCAAUGUUGAUCCAUCGAAGCGGCCCACAGCAUCUGAAAUUCUAAAGGAUCCUUGGAUCAAAAACCGAACCUCCCUUUCAGCCCAUCCAUCCUACUCCCUCCAGCUGCCAGAUGCUCAAACUGUCAAGGCUACUGUAGCGGGAUUUUUCAAGGCCCUGAAAACAAGUCCUCGUACAGAGUUGGAGCCUGUGGGAGCAUCUUUCUUGGCCCAGCGACGAGGACGGCAAAAGCCCACCACGACAUCCACUAACGGCAGCUAG